AUGGAGCGCCCAACUAAAAGGGCCAGAGUCUCCCCAGACUCGGCGAGAGAAGAUGCACAAUCAAAUACGUAUCUGGCAUCCAUGCACCGGUCCAUCACCCCACCUCCCCGAACACGUUCAGGGCAGUCCAUGCCUUCAAUCUCGACACAUCAUCAACAGGACGGCCAAACCGAGGAACUUCCAACACGAGAUCUCCCCACUCCGCAUCAUCCUCAUCAGAUCCCAUCUCCUGUCCAACUAACUCACAUCCGGGAUUUCCCGUCCCAGAAAGGCUACAAUGCCGACACAAUCCGGCUGCGCGAUAUCCUCGGGGACCCGAUGAUCCGCGAAUGCUGGCAGUUCAACUACCUCUUCGACGUGGACUUCUUAAUGUCGCAGUUUGAUGAAGAUGUGCGGGACUUGGUGCAGGUCAAAGUCGUGCAUGGGUCGUGGGAGAAGGAGGCCCCGAAUCGCAUUCGUAUUGAGGAAGCAUGCACACGGUUUAAAAAUGUCGAGUCGAUUGUGGCGUACAUGCCCGAACGUUUUGGGACCCAUCAUUCCAAGAUGAUGGUUCUGCUUCGGCAUGACGAUCUAGCUCAGAUUAUAAUCCACACGGCAAACAUGAUCAGCGGAGACUGGGCGAAUAUGUCCCAAGCCGUCUGGCGGUCUCCGCUGCUUCCUCUGCAGAAGCAGGGCGCUGCAGCAGAGUCCACGGCACGGUCGACCAUAGGCUCAGGCGUGCGAUUCAAACGAGACCUUCUCGCAUACCUGAAAGCGUACGGAACGAAGAAGACCGGCCCACUAGUCCAACAACUGAACGGGUAUGAUUUCGCGGGUAUUCGCGCGGCGCUGGUUGCGAGCAUCCCGUGCAGACAACACGUCGACAGCGGCUUGGAUUCCGACAGACUUACUCUCUGGGGCUGGCCUGCUCUCAAGGAUCUCAUGGGCCGUAUCCCUAUACGGAGGCGUACCGACCCUUCCACUGCUCCCAAACCUCACAUCGUCAUCCAGGUGCGCGUGCCCGAGGCUACUGUAUCAACAUUCACUAAGACGUAUCUCCAGAUUUCCUCAGUUGCCUCCCUCGGCCAAACAGACAAAUGGCUCAAAGACACAUUUUUCGCCUCCCUCGCACCUCCCUCUCCAUCCUCAACACCCCGGCCCAAAUUCUCCAUCAUCUUCCCCACGCCAGACGAGAUCCGCCGGUCCUUGGACGGCUACCAAUCCGGAGGAUCCAUCCACAUGAAGACCCAAAGCGCACCGCAACAGAAACAACUGCAAUACAUGCGUCCGUAUCUCUGCCAGUGGGCAGGCGACAGCGUCUCCGACUCCGGAUGCGUAGAUCUAACUCAAGAAGAGGAAAAGCGUUCCAAGCGAGCAGCGGGUCGAGCUCGCGCUGCACCGCAUAUCAAGACUUACAUCCGCUUCUCGGAUGCAGAAACGAUGGACGAUAUCGACUGGGCGAUGGUUACGUCUGCGAACCUGUCUACGCAGGCAUGGGGCGCAGGGACGAAUCCGAAGGGGGAGAUUAGGAUCUCGAGCUGGGAGAUUGGCGUUGUUGUCUGGCCGCAGCUGUUUGAUGAUUCCGCCACAGUGGCAAUGGCACCUUGCUUCCAAACGGAUAUUCCAAGCGUGGCUUCGAAGAGUGAAUCACCCUCCGUGGUGGUUGGGUUCCGCAUGCCGUAUGACCUGCCUUUGACGCCGUACAAGGCCGCGGACGAACCGUGGUGUGCCACUGCCACGCACCAUCUGCCAGACUGGCAGGGACGGAGCUGGGUUCUUUGA